CUCAGUGGUUUAACCCACAGCGCCACCCGCAUCCCUAUGUAAAGAUUAUUUAGCUUUAAAUUUUUUUAUGGAGGAUAGGGUUAUGGACAGCUGUCAUGAUAGCUGAAUACAGUCCCCAUGUACAGAGUGUAGCAGGCGGGUAGGCAGCCUUCCCUGUCCUGAUGCCCUCUAGUCGUUGUUGGACUACAACUCCCAUCAUCCUUGACCCUUGGUCAGGCAGAAUGGGGCCAACAUCUGGAGGAUGCCAGGUUGGAGGAGAAGGCCACAGUCAAGGGUAAGUUGUUUCUUUCUUGCUCUGCAGUCUGCUUGUGAACUUCCAAGGCUGGGCACUGUUAGAGUGCUGGAAUAGAUCAACCCUUUAGUUUGAUCUGUAUUAUAUAGUUGUUAUAUAUUUGGAUGGGGAAGAUGGAUAGAAGGCUUCCAAGAGGUGAAACAUCUAUCUAAGCCAUCUAUAAACUGCCUGUUCCUCCUUAGUGGCAUUUUGCUUUCAGUCUAUGAUUCUAAACUAGUUUCAGAAUCAGAACAAUGCAUGCAAUUGGAAGCUCUUGCAGAAUAAGAAAACAUUUUCUAUCCUGUGUUGCAAUUUUGUUUGUCCUCCGCUUCCCACCUUUGCGGAAGCUUUGCUCUAGGGUGGCUGAAGAACAAGCUGCGGGGUUCACUGCAGGAAUUGCAGGGUCGGAUUACUGCAGCAUGGCUUUCACUAAAGGUCACGCUAGCCUCCUGGCAGGAAUUUUUAUUCACAUCUGAGUGAAACAGGUCAGGGAUUCUGCAUUCCAGUCCAGGAGAUGGUUGCUGUAAGGCUUGGUGCUACCAGGGAUGGAGAGGAGGAUCCUCCAGAGGCUGAAAGCUGUUUCACAGUUUUCUUUGUGCAGCGGGAGAAGCAAGAGUGUUGGCGCCUGGGGAUGCUGGAGUUCACUGCCCCUCCCAAGUCUCAGCUGGCAGUACGCUGGGUCAAUGCCCUACAGAGCUGGAUCCAUCACCACGGAGUUACACGGCCCAAGAGCCUCCUUGUCUUCAUCAACCCGGUUGGGGGACGCGGGCGAGCAGUGGAAAUCUACCAGGGUCAGGUGGCCCCACUCUUCACCCUUGCCGGGAUCCAUGUUCAAGUUCUGGAGACCUGCCAUGCCAACGAGGCUCGUGACUACAUCCUGCAGCAAGACCUCAGUGACUUUGAUGGACUGGUGAGUGUGGGGGGCGAUGGCACCUUUAAUGAGCUAAUGCACGCCUUGAUUGACCGGACACAGCAAAAAGCAGGGGGAUCAGAGAAUGACAUUGAUGCAGAACUCUUGUCCCCAAGGCUUCGUAUUGGCAUCAUACCCGCAGGUUCUACAGACUGCAUCUGUUUUGCAACUGUGGGAACAAAUGACCCCAUCACCUCUGCUCUGCACAUUGUUAUAGGGGACAGCCAACCUAUGGAUGUCUGCAGCAUUUGGCACAAUGGAAAGCUUCUACGUUAUUCAGUCUCACUGGUUGGCUAUGGCUUCUAUGGUGAUGUAGUGAGCACCAGUGAGAAGUACCGCUGGAUGGGCCCGAUGCGCUACACCUAUGCCGGAGCCAAGGCACUGCUGAGGAACUGCAGCUAUGAAGGCACCGUGGAAUUCCAAGUGGCCAGAACGGAGGAGGCAAACCCAAGGGACCAAACACGCUGCCGCUCUGGGUGUGCGGUCUGUUCAGAGUCUAGCAAACAGUUACCGGCUGGGACAGAGGAAGAAAACCUUUCAGAACCAGAGCAGCACAAAGAUGGCGAAUGGCAGCAGGUUCAGGGUCGUUUCCUGGCUGUCAACUUGACCUCCAUGAGCAGUGCCUGCCCCAAGAGCCCGGAGGGACUCUCCCCCUGUGCUCAUCUGGCUGACGGUACAGCAGACCUCAUCCUGGUGCAUGAAUGCUCAGCACUCUCCUUCUUGCGACACUUGACUCGGCACACCAAUGGCUCAGACCAGUUUGACCUGCCUUUUGUGAGUGUGUACCGGGUCCGGGCUAUUCGUUUCACCUCAAAAGUGGAAGACCAUAAGGAUGGAGAACCGGUUGUACAACGACGCAAGGGGCUGUGUGGGGGGCAGUGUCAGGAAGAACCACCCACCAGCUGCUGGACCUGCGAUGGUGAGACCCUGCAACAUACCGACAUCAGCGUCAGAGUCCAUGGGAGGCUCAUCCAUCUCUUUGCCCGUGGCAUCGAACAGGCACCCUGUAGGCUUCCUGCUGAUCCAAGAGAGGGUCAAAGCUAAAUGACAGCGCAGCCUGUGACUGCUGCUAAGAAUCUACAAGGCCAUGAACACAGAGGAGCCACUGCCUAAGCAUUGUUGGGGAAUAAAUUCCAGACUGGUAUCUCAGGACCUGUGAGUAACAGUGCAGCUCCAGAGAAACUGUAACCAGACACUGCUGCUCCACGUUCAGAUUUGCAGAAGUGCCACCUCACACCUGCCAUUUUAGGGUGCUGACCCUAGAGAGGAACAGCCCAUGGUGCUCUGCCUGCUGUGCAGAUACCAAACCCCAGUGUCCUCCUGGUCCUCAUCACACUGGAAAUCAGUUGGCAGAAUAAAUGAAUAUCUAGCUCAGCAGUGCAGAACCUCUGACCUGUGGGCCAAAUUUAGUCUGCCAGGCUACUUCCCCCAAACCACUCCUCCCUGCCCAUUUGUUCAUAGACAGAAGUGGUUUUUGAGUCCCCCCUCAAGCCACUUGAAAUAAAUGCAAGGACCACGGUCUCCUUGUAACAACUUUCAUUUACAUACCAGCAUCAUAUAUAAAACUGAGAAGCAGUUUGAACAGGAAUGUAACAAGUAAUGCAGCAAAAGCAGAGCUAGUGCAAUUGAAAGAGCAGCUUGUGUAGCUGGAACAGAGGGCAAGGGUGCUGCCUCCUGCACCACCACAGACUUCCCCCAUAGAAAGGAGCAGAAGUUGAAAUGGGCACCUGGCCCAGCUGCAGCCACAGUCUAAGAAGGAGCGAAACUAAAGAGGCAGAGCCCACAGUAGAGAAGAUGACAAGGCCCACACCUAAGCGCAGUGGAUGCUGGAGGGGUGCACUGGUGUCCAGGGCCAGCAGGUGGUCCUAGGACAAAAACCACCGUUUUUCAGGUGUAGGCAGCAGGAGCUGGGGCAGAGAUCCCUUUGCCCAGCCUGGUCAGCUUGGCUUCUGCAGCGAAGAGCAGCUGUCACCCCUUCAUACAAGCUACCCAGUUGGAGGUCACAGCUUGUGAGGAUUGACCCAGCGGUAGGUGCCUUCAUACUGGAACCCCACCUUCUUCAUCAGCUCAUCUGCCUCUGCGGGGCCACGGCUAGAAAGGAAAAAGGCUCCCCGUUAGUAAUUCUGGUUGCAGCCAAUAGCGAAACCAUCUGAAUGCUUUAGACUGAAGUAUACUCUGUGGAUAUGAGCUGAAUUUGUAAUGUAAAAGUUUUUCUAAGUUGGUUUUGAUGCUGUAUGGAUGAAUGCAUACAAGACUUAACAUAUACAGUGGUACCUCUGGUUGCGGACGGGAUCCAUUCCAGAGGUCCGGCCGGAUCCCGAGUUUUUCGCAACUGGAGAGACUGCUUCUGCUCAAGCAUGUGGGGGAAAAACCCAGAAAUAUACUUAUGGGUUUGCCACUUACGUAUCCUGAAGUUUACGUAACCAGAAGGCUACAUAAGCAGAGGUACGACUGCAUACAUGUAUUUGUCUUGGAAGACACUUUGUGUUUGGUAGUUGUUUUUACAAUUUUCAAUGAAGUUGGUUUAAAAAAAAGUAAUGCUGGAUGCAGUUGUUUCCUACUCAAGGCUUUUUACAUCUAUAGGCCAAAUGCAAUUGUCUCCAUCCCUGAAACAGCAUAGCAGCAGCAUUGAUUAUGAUCAAAAGUUGACCAGAAUCCUUUUUUUACCAUUUUCAGACAUUUAUGUAUUGUAUAUAAGUACUAAACACUACCCCCCUUUGCUGAUUUCUGGGUAUCAUACUCACUUAGAUUAGCACCCCACAUCAACUAUAAACAUGCACUCAAAACACAGGUAAGUGUAGAAGUGCAGAUGGCAGCUCCCUUUCCCAAUGUACUAAUUAACUGAGCCAGGAUGCCUGGAAUUCUGCCAUUGGACCAGCUCUCCUCCCGAGCCGCUGUGCAGUUCCCACCAUCUGGGGAUCACUGGGGAUCCAAGAAAGUUCACCAUGCACUACAAUCACAUUGGAGAAUAUAUUUUCCGCUCAGUUCUGCUCAAUUUGUAGGGUGGACAGUACCACAAGGCCACUCCCAGAGCCCCCACCGCACCCCACUACCCAAAGCCCAGUAAGCAAGGAAAGCCUGCUGGGGGUGCAAAAGGGAAGGGAGAAGAAAUAAAUGGACAGGAGGGAAUGGUGGGGGUUCCCCACUCUUUAUUUAUUUAUUCCUCCUCCCGUGUAAAGUUGUGGUAGUGUAAGUAAAGUGAAUGUAAGUCGCAGGCCCACUGUUUCUAUUAACCAAAUAAAAUUAAUUUGGUCAAAUCUUAACACAAACUGGAUUAAUUUUAAUCAAGUUCAUAUAUAAUAAAAGAGCAUAUAAAAACACAAGCUCUGAGACCCUUAACACAAUUUGAAAAAUUUAUUCCGCAUAAUGGGUAGAGGGGAGAAAGGAUUAGUUUCUAAAUAGUACCUUAUUAUUGCUUAAUGUAACUUAAAGACCUACGGAACCCCUUAAAAAGGUAGGGGAACUAUAUAUUGGCACACAAAUUGGAAUAAAAUAUUGGCACACAAGGAUUGGAAUAAAAUAUGGGUGUUGUGACCUAUAUUGUGAGGGAUAUCACACUCCUUGCAAAUGUCAAAAAUGUUUUGUUUUGUGUUACCUGAUGGUUGGAGGGGUUGCAAUAAGCUUGGUACAUUUAUGUUGGAAAUGUAAAUUGAUGCAAGGUUUUUGGAAUUUAAUUUUGACAGAAAUGAUUAAUAUUACUAACGAAACUAUUGUUGUCCAAAAGUAACAUUACUGAAUAUUUUUAUGAUACUGAUGUAGAUAUAUUGUCAAAAGAAUUGGUCUUAUAUGUUGUUGGCAGCUCGAAUAAUAAUUGCAACUCAAUGGAAAACAGUUCCAAACCUUA